AUGACGACUCCCGACUCUCCGUCUCAAUCGACCGGGUCAUCCGAGGACACCCCCACAGCAUCCCCCGGAGCAGAAAAGAUAAAUAAAUUCAAUUUCCUCAAACACGCUCAUAAAGCUAGGAACAACCCAUUCCUUAAAGCACGACCGACACUCACCAGAGAGAGCUCGACAGCCGAAUUAUUUUCAAGAGAAAGUUCAAGUUCAGAUUUCUUCCAGAAUUCUAGAUUAAAUUUAUUUGAUACCACACCGAAACAAGAAACAAAUGAUGGCUAUGGGAAGGGAGUUUCCUUCAUAGGUUGGCAUCAAAGAACGAAGUUGGAAAGAAUUCUUCUCGUAAUAACAGCAUUUCUUCUGGUGGCUAUUCUUCUUACCACCUGUUUAUUGCUGACCAUCAGAGGACCUUCCUACAUACCAGUGCCACCAUGUUACAACCCUGAACCCAAAGAAGAGAGCAGCGUAUGUUUAUCAGGUUCGUGUAUUUACACAGCCAGCGAAGUUAUCAGGGCUUUGGAUGAAACACAAGAUCCCUGUGAGGAUUUCUACGAUUUUGCAUGUGGUGGGUGGUUGAAGAAUAAUCCUAUACCAGAAGGGAAAUCAAGUUGGGGUAUAUUCAGCAAGAUUGAACUACAGAAUCAGCUUAUUAUACGCUCGGCAAUCGAAAAAGUUAACGUAUCUGAUAAGAAUAGCGCUGAAACGAAGGCGAGAAUAUACUACGACGCAUGUAUUGAUGGAAAUGAGACUAUAGAAAAAUUGGGAGAGAAACCUCUCAUUAAUGUGAUAAAGAAGUUGGGAGGAUGGCAUCUUAUAUCGAGUACACUGAUAAAACAGAAGAAAUGGGACCUACAGAAACUGCUACAGGAGGUUCAAAAUACUUACAAUCUGGGAGGAUUCUUCAAUUGGGCGGUCACGGAGGAUGAUAGAAAUUCAUCGAAACACGUCAUUGUGCUAGAUCAAGGCGGAUUAAAUCUACCCACACGAGACAAUUACCUGAACGCUACGGCCCACAAGAAAGUACUUGACGCGUAUCUAGAUUAUAUGACAAAGAUAUGCACAUUACUUGGAGCUAACGAAACAGAAGCUAGGGCACAGAUGACGAAAGUAAUACAAUUUGAAACGGAACUCGCUAAUAUUACCAUCCCAUCCGAAGAUAGGAGGGAUGAAGAGGGAUUGUACAAUCCGUAUACAGUGAAGCAGUGGCAACGAGAGGCGCCUUUCCUGAACUGGUCGAUGUUCUUCAACGACGCUUUCAAACUCGUUAAUAGGAGUAUAUCGGAUAACGAAAGAAUAGUUGUCUACGCGCCGGAAUAUUUUAGAAAUCUAACGAGACUCGUAAGAAAAUACAGCAAGAGUGAAGACGAUCAGAAAACUCUAACGAGUUACAUGAUGUGGCAAGUGUCACGUUCGUUAUCGUCGUAUUUGUCCAAAUCUUUCCGUGACGCGACCAAAAUAUUGAGGAAAGCGUUGUUUGGAUCUGAAGGGACCGAGGAGUCUUGGAGAUACUGUGUCACUGAUACUAACAACGCUGUUGGUUUCGCUGUCGGUGCGAUGUUCGUGCGCGAAGUUUUCCACGGAGAAGCGAAAACUCAGGGCGAGAUAAUGAUAGACAACAUACGGGCGGCAUUCAAGAAGAAUCUGAAGAACCUCAUCUGGAUGGACCAGGAGACCAGGGAUGCUGCGGAGAUUAAGGCCGACGCUAUCACUGAUAUGAUAGGUUUUCCAGACUACAUACUGAAUAAAGACGAACUGGAUAAACAAUACGAGGAGUUAGACGUGAGACCGAAUAAAUACUUCGAGAACAACAUUGCUUUCAAUACGUACAGCUUGAAACAUGAUCUGAGGAAAUUGGAUAAACCAGUCAAUAAAACUAAAUGGGGUAUGACACCAUCCACUGUGAACGCGUAUUACACGCCCACCAAAAACCAGAUAGUAUUUCCAGCUGGUAUUCUACAACUACCCUUCUAUGAUGGAGACAAUCCCAAGAGCGUGAACUACGGAGCAAUGGGCGUUGUAAUGGGCCACGAACUGACACACGCGUUUGAUGACCAAGGACGUGAAUAUGAUAGAUUUGGCAAUUUGAACCGUUGGUGGAAUAACGCUACCAUAGCACGUUUCAAGCAAAGGACUCAAUGUAUUCAGAAACAGUAUUCAACGUACGAGAUUGAAGGCCAGCAUUUGAAUGGAAAACAAACUCUCGGCGAGAAUAUAGCAGAUAACGGAGGCUUAAAGGCAUCGUUCCACGCUUAUAAGGAGUACAGUAAAAACGCCAAAGUUAACCUCACUCUACCUGGUUUGAAGUACAACCACAGACAAUUAUUCUUCAUAUCUUUUGCUCAGGUAUGGUGUUCAGCAAUGACAAAGGAAUCAACGAAAAUGCAAAUCGAAAAGGACGAUCACACAGUGGCGAAAUACAGAGUUAUCGGACCAAUAUCGAACCUUCGAGAAUUCUCUGAAGAAUUCAAUUGUCCCGUAGGAAGUAAAAUGAACCCGAAACAUAAAUGCGAGGUAUGGUAA